GCUACCCUGGACAGCGCCUCGCCGCCGCGGCGCCAUGGAGCAUCUGAAAGCUUUUGACCGGGAAGUAAAUGCAUUUGUGGACUAUAUGUUUGGACCUCGAGAUUCCAGGGUUAGAGGAUGGCUCCUUUUGGACUCUUACCUUCCCACAUUUUUCCUCACUGUCGCGUACCUGCUCUGCAUAUGGCUUGGCAACAAGUUCAUGAAGAACAGGCAGCCUUUCUCUCUUAGGGCUCACCUCAUUGUAUAUAACCUUGGGAUUACGCUGCUCUCCUUGUACAUGCUCAUAGAGCUCAUCCUUGCCACGUGGGAAGGAGGCUACAACUUGCAGUGCCAGAACCUCCACAGCGCCGGGGAGGCUGACAUCCGGGUAGCCAAGGUGCUAUGGUGGUAUUAUUUUUCCAAAGUAAUUGAAUUUGCAGACACUAUCUUCUUUGUACUGAGGAAGAAAAGCAGCCAGAUCACCUUCCUCCAUGUGUAUCACCAUGCCACAAUGUUUAACAUUUGGUGGUGCGUUCUGAACUGGAUACCUUGUGGGCAAAGUUUCUUUGGACCCACUUUGAAUAGCUUUAUCCAUGUGCUCAUGUACUCCUAUUACGGACUGUCAGUCAUCCCUUCUAUGCGAAAGUAUCUGUGGUGGAAGAAAUACCUCACUCAGGCACAGCUGAUCCAGUUUCUGCUCACCAUUGUGCACACGCUCAGUGCAGCUGUGAAGCCGUGUGGGUUUCCCUUUGGCUGCCUCAUGUUCCAGUCUUCCUACAUGGCCACACUGGUCAUCCUCUUCGUUAACUUUUACAUUAAGACAUACCGGAAAGCACCUUCAAGAACAGCAGCAAAGGAAGCCCCUGUCACAGCAGAAGUCAAGAACGGAUUCCAUAAGAACUACUUUGCUGCUUCAAACGGAUUCCUGAACAAUAAGAAAGCACAAUAAGUAUAGUACUUCCUGUGAUUUUUUCUAAGAAAAAAACAGAAAACAAAAACAAGAGACUGAAUUACAGGCUUUAGCUUAAAAUCUAUUUGAUUACACCUAUCAGUUAUUUGUACCGGACACUCAUUAAUGUUCUGCUAUUUAAGUUUUAACAAAAUAAGUUUAUUUGUCCUGUCAAAGAACACCAUCAGAACAAUAAGGCCAACCUCUUUCUCAAGUGAAAAAGAAAAUAUUUCUGAUUUGUACUGCUGGCACAAAAAUGCCUUAUAAACCACUGGAUGGAAACAUUCAGAGUCUUCAAAAGGUUAGGGCUCUGCUAGACUGACACUUUGAACACUCUCUCCUAUGAAGACAGGCUGAGGAAGUUAGACUUGUUUAGCUCGGAGAAGAGAAGGUGCUGAGGAGAAUACUAGGUCCUUCCAGUACUUGAAGGGAGCUUAUAAGGAGGAAUGGGACUGACUUCUUACAUGGUCUGAUACUGAUAGGACAAGGGGGAAUGGCUUUAAAUUAAAAAGGGAAGAUUUAGGUUAGAUAUUAGGAAGAAACUCUUCACUAAGAGGGAGGUGAAGUGCUGCAACAGGCUGCCCAGAGAGAUUGUGGGUGCCCCAUCCCUGGAGGUGUUUAAGGCCAGGUUGAAUGGAGCCCUGGGCAGCCUGAGCUGGUGGGUGGCAGCCCUGCCCAUGGCAGAGGGAUGGAACUAGAUGAUCUAUAAGGUCCCUUCCAACCCAAGUAAUUCUAUGAUAAAUGGAUUUUGGAAUAAAUUGGAGCUCAGCAACUUAGUGAAGAUAAGUUCUUUGAGUGUAAAUGUGCACAAAGUUAACUAUAUACAAAUAUUUGAACUGCAGCAAAAAAGAAAGUGUGCUAAAUAUUCAUAGACUAGAAGAUACAGAAAGUCUUAAAAAGCAAACAUAGCAAUGAGCCAAGUACAUCAUAAAGGAAUUUCUACACUUCCUACACUAGGUGAACCAAAGAGAUUUCCAGUCUGCAGUAGGAAUGCUGCGUGUCACACAAAAUCCGAUCACUAGCUCCACUGCUUCAGUUAGCUAUGCUUACUUCCCACUUUAAUUAUUACAAAUUAAAGAAAGCUUAGGUUAGCUUUGAGGACCUUUGCUGUGCCCUUUUCUAACCAAAGUGGACACAGCCUCUUUUCCUUUCCCUUUUCCACAGUGAAAUAGUUGUGGGCUCUUUCAGCCUAGUGUAUUUAAAUUCUCUCCACAAAAACCCCUUUGUGGUCAUGACAGCUCUCCCAUCACCGUGUGGGGCCUCAGCAAGGAAGGAAAGGAACCACAUAUACAAAGCCAUAGAAUAUAACAGAAUAUAGAAUAUCCUGAGUUGGAAAGGACCCUAAGCAAUCCAAAGUCUUAUGAGGAGGGGCUGAGGGAGCUGGGAUUGUUCAGUCUGGAGAAGAGGAGGCUCAGUGGAGACCUUAUCACUC